GGCAGGGGCGGUGAUUUCUGGCACUUUCUGGGCGCUGCGAUCUCGCCAAUUCUAGGCCCGCAGGCCGGAAACGCCCGAGCGGAUCCGCAGCCCCAGUGGCAGGCUCUUGUAAGGGCGGAGGUCGCGCCGCCUGCCGCCCGCCGCCAUGGCCAAGUGGGGCCAGGGGGACCCGCGCUGGAUCGUGGAGGAGCGGGAGGACGGGACCAACGUGAACAACUGGCACUGGACAGAGCGGGAUGCUACCAUUUGGUCUAAGGGGAAACUCCAAGAGCUUCUGGUUGGCAUUGCCAUGGAGAAUGAGGUUGGCCGCUGUGAGAUCACCGAGUUGAAGCAGGUGGAAGGCGAGGCUUCUUGUAGCAGCCGCAAAGGAAAGCUUAUUUUCUUCUAUGAGUGGAACAUCAAGCUGGCCUGGAAAGGUACAGUUAAAGAAUCUGGUGCGAAGCACAAGGGACUGAUUGAAAUACCCAGCCUUUCUGAAGAAAAUGAAGUAGAUCAUACUGAGGUGAACGUGAAUAAAAAGAAAGGAGAUGGGGAUAUACUGAAGGAUCUUAUGAAAACUACAGGCACCGCCAAGGUCAGAGAGGCCCUUGGAGAGUACCUGAAGGCACUUAAGACGGAAUUUACUACAGGAAUGAUUUUACCAACAAAAGCUGUGGCAACCCAGGAGUUGACUAUUGAAAGGAAACUGGGUGAAAAUACUUUGCAAGCUUCAUCUCCAGUGGCAUUGGGUGUAAGGAUUCCCACUGUGGCUCUGCACUUAACAGAACUAUUUGACACAACAGUAGAUCAGCUAUACAGUAUUUUCACUGUGAAAGAUUUGGUGCAAAAGUUUUCCAAAUCUCCUGCUGUAUUAGAAGCUGAAAAGGGAGGGAAAUUCCAGAUGUUUGAUGGGAACAUCACUGGAGAGUAUGUAGAACUGUUAACAAACAGAAAGAUCAUCAUGAAAUGGAGAUGUAGGAACUGGCCGGAAGAACAUUAUGCAACAGUUGCACUGAAUUUUGUGCCUACUCCAGGGCAAACUGAAUUACAAUUGGACUGUAAAGGAGUUCCUGUCUGUAAAGAAGAGAAUACAAAAUUCUGUUGGCAGAAGCAGCAUUUUGAAGAGAUAAAAGGUUUACUUCAGCUCACCACCCUAAAUGCUUGAAUUAGUUAGGUUUUAUAAGGGUAUUAUUACCUUUUGUAAGCAGAGAAGUGUCAUUUUUAUCUCUUCUUAAAAACGUUCUUUUCCCCCCAUCACUGUAAUUUAUUUUAUAUUGGAUGACGUGAAAGUACAGAAUCUAAAAGCACUGUUUGAUGUAUUACAGACUUUGCAUUGGAAUUAGUUAUUAUUCUUACCUUCAUAUAAGUUCGUUCCUCCAGAAAGUAGAUGAAGUCGUGUACAGAGUUGAAGUUUCCCAUGCUGUCUUAGUAAGUUUACUUUCAUAGCUGUAGUUGACCUAAGUUUGAGAAGACAAAUAGCAUGUUAUACUAUUCCUUUAUUUUACUUCAGAGUUUCAAAGGUGUAGUUCAAGUAUGUAGCUCAGACAGUGGCAUGCUGCACUCCAAAGCAUGUGGAAGUGAGGGCUGUAUUCUGUUCACGCUUCUUCUGGCUCUUCUUGGUUGGCCCUGCAAGCAGUUACACUUUGGGAUGGAGAUGCUUGAGACAUCUACGUGGUAAGUUACUUUUGAACUGCCACUAGGAUGCCUUCUGAAACAGAAUAAAAUGGAUAAAUGCUUCCUCCAUGCAGUUCCGCACUACUUUCUCUGAGAAGACUGAAGCAACAAAUGAAAGGUCAUCACAAUCAGUUUAAUUAAGUGCACAGAAUAGCAGUCAGUCAUGUCAAUAAAAAUAAAACAAUUAUUUUUACA